AUGUUCGCCUCAAGGGUAUUACGAGCGGCCCACGGGUCCAAAGCCAACAUCACCGGUUUCAACAUGCGCGCCUUCAAGGCCUCCACCGGCCAGCCCAGAUACGAUCCCUGGGAGCGAGCUGAGGCAUGGAGAUACCAGGGCCCCUUCACCCGAUGGAACCGAUUCAAGGGAGGUCUCCCCGGCCUGGGAACAGCUUCCGUCGCCUUCGCCGGAUACUGCCUCUACGAGCACUUCUUCCUCGAGGAGGAGCACCACCACGGGGACGACCACGGCCAUGGCGAGGAGCACCACUAG